UUUUUUUUUGUUGAAUUGCUGUCACUUAUAGAUUUUAUGGUUGAAAAUGGGGUUGAUUUUAGAUUCCGUUAAAGCUUUGAAUUUUGGGUUGUUUUAUGGGAAAUAGCUUGGAUCUGGGGUUUUAUUUUUCCAGAAAAACGACAAAAAAUGUAUUAUUUCAGCUUUAUCCAUAUUAUCUGCAUAAAUUGUAUGGAUUUGCAGGAGAGUUCGUUUUGUUUGUGUAUGAUUGUAUAUUUUCCACCAUUUGUUAAAGGGCAAAAUUGUGGGAAAGAAUGGGGUCUCGUCUGAAUUUCAAGAACUUUGGUGAUGGUGGUCCAAGAAUGGAAGGAAACGGGUCGAAGCCUGUUGGGGAUUUCCCAUUGGCUAGGCAGUCAUCUAUAUACUCAUUGACCUUUGAUGAGUUGCAGAACACCUUUGGUGGACUUGGGAAGGACUUUGGAUCAAUGAACAUGGAUGAACUGUUGAGGAAUAUCUUGACUGCCGAUGAGAAUCAGGCCGCGGUGGCGGCUUCGGUUCCUUCGGGAGAAGGAGAUGUUGUUCCUGGUGGGAAUUUGCAGAAACAAGGAUCAUCGUUGACGUUGCCGUUGCCGAGAACUCUGAGUUCGAAGACGGUUGAUGAUGUAUGGAAGUACUUGAUGAAAGAAACCGGUGAUGCUAAAGAUGGAGAAGCGAAUUCGCCGAUGAGGAGACCGACAUUCGGAGCGAUGACACUGGAGGAGUUUUUGUUGAAGGCACAGAUUGGAAUGGCAAACAAUGGUGGAUUGUUUGGUAACAACUGUGCUUCGGUUCUCGGGUUUCAACAGGUGACUUUGAACGAUAACGGUAACUCGGUUUUUAAUCAGACUCCGAGGUUACCUUUGAACAUGAGUGGAUUCAAAUCAUCAUCACAACAACAACAGAAACAACCGCUCUUUCCCAAGCAACAAACAGUUGGGAUUGCUCCUUCUAUGAAUGGUAAUCUGGUUCAAUCCACCGGGCUGCAAUCCGCUCCGCUAUCACCGGUUCCUUGCGCAUUUGGCCAGGGAAGAAAAUGCAGCCCGGCUGUGGAGAAAGUAGUUGAGAGAAGGCAAAGGAGAAUGAUUAAGAACCGAGAGUCAGCCGCGAGGUCACGAGCUCGCAAGCAGGCCUAUACAUUGGAACUCGAGGCUGAGGUUGCUAAACUUAAAGAAAUGAACCGAGAAUUGCAGAAGAAUCAGGAAGAGAUGAUGGAAUUGCAGAACAACCAGAUGUUAGACAAAGUGAAUCGACCUUGGGGAAGUAAAAGACAAUGCUUGAGAAGAACAAUAACCAGCCCUUGGUAGAACCUCGAAUUGCCGACAGUAGAAACGUUUACUGAGAUAGAAAACCUCGCCUGGUGGUACGAUACGAGGAUUGCGAUGUCACCGAUCAUCGGUAUGUAUAGAAGAAGCAAAGAGUUUUUGAGAUGUAAAUUAUGAAACAUCAUACUAUUAGUUUCACUCUGUAUAUUAGAUUUCUCUAAUUGGCUUGAUCUUCAGUUUGCCUAUCAGGGUAUGCAACCUUGAACACAACCUCCAUCUAUAAGCAAAGAUUUUUGUUUCCAUGUA